AUGGAGUGAGGGAGGUGAAGCGGAGUGUGGCACCUCCUCCUCCUCCUCAGAAUCUCCCGCAGUGCCAACCAGUCCAGGGUGCCACAUGCCAGCUGCUCCCCCUGGUGAACGCCAGGCAUCUGAUGAUGUGGAUCCUUCCCUCGCUCCUCCACCACCAGUGCCAUCUCCAACACCAGAGCCCCCUCCUCCACCAGUACCCUCUCCACCACCAGUGUCAUCACCCCCAUCACCAGGAUAUCCAGCACCUUCACCAUCAUCAGCAAGAACAUUCAGUGAACACAUACACAACAACAGUGAAGCUCAGACGCUGUCAUUAACCUUCGUAGACUAGUAAGAGGUGUUAAAUUGCAACCGUGAAACGUACACUGACGAUGCUGCGACCGCCGCUCUGUACCAUAAAAACGGUUCCUUGCGUGCGUAGGCGGUCGUGAGAAUAGUGCAGAUACAAGACUGAGGAGCAGAGAUGAUGUCAGGAGUGUGAGUAUACAAGUGUGUUCCCUAACAAAGAUUCUCCUCGGGUGUACAAUGAACAAUAAUGUGGUGACCGGUGUUUUGGAGAGUGACUCUGCUUGUGUGACGACGAAGUUGUUGUGUUUUAGUGGCGAGGGUGGCAGAGUAUUGCCACUGUUUGUGUACAGAGUUCCGUGGGAGAGCUAGCGUGUGUGUUGUGUUCUGGGAAGGUGGUGGGUGCAUUGCUCCAGCGGUGUCAACACCACCAACACAACUCACCAUACUACGAAUACACCUCUACAAUACUUUUGACACACGUCCCCAACACUACCAACACACGUCUUCAACAUUACCAAGACACGUCACCAAUAUUACCAACACAUCUCACCAAAAACGUUACUAACACCAUCAACACGCCCCACCAACACCAUUAAUACACUUCGCCAAAACCACCAACGACACAUGCCAACAACAAAUGCCACAUGCACCACCAGCAAUCGUCAACAACAUUUAACAUCACUAUCAAACCAAGCACUGACGGGGCGUCUACCAAACCAAGCCACAACCAACCAUAAAGACACCUCAUCAACAAACGUCACCAGCACCACAAUAAAACGUCAGCUGCUCCAACUUCCAGCAGCAGCAGCAGCACCAGCAGCACACGAAGUACUAAAGAGAGGUGUACCAAAGAGUGCCUAAACAAGUCCCAUCGAGUGUCACAAUGUGGAUCACCUAUGUCAUGACUUGGUUCCUCUACAUCACCAAAAUCUUCAACUCCAUGUGUCAAGCAGGAGAGGUGACACAGGGUCACAACGAGGUGGUGGUGCUGGAGGGUCAGGAGGCUGACCUACCCUGUGUCACCACACCCACACAGGGUAAUGCAAAGUUCCCCCGCAGCCGCUACACGUCCACCCACGCCCACACGCCCGACCACCACCACCAGCGACCCCAACUGAUCCUUUGGUACAGGGAUGGUAUCAGAUCCACCAUAUACAGCUACGAUGGGCGUGAUCCAGGACGUGAACGCCACUGGUCUGAACGCCGAAGCCUGGGCGGGGCGCUAGAACUAACACUGCCGCCCACACCACACUCACGCCCACAGCUGGCCUUCCUGAGAAUAAGCCGCGUCCACCAGUCUGACGAGGGGCUGUACAGGUGCCGCGUCGACUUCUACCGCGCCCCCUCCAGGAACACCAACACCAAGCUGGUCAUCGUGGCGCCGCCCAGCACGCCCAGAGUGGAGGUGUGGGCAAGUGGGCGGUGGCUGGAGGCCGCCCCUGGCACCCCGGCCGCCACAGUGGAGGUGGGAACCAGACUCCGUCUUCGUUGCUCCACUACUGCAGGUCGUCCAGCGCCAACCUUGACAUGGUGGCGAGGAGGUGAACAGCUACUGGAGGAGAAGACAGAGGUGACGAAGGAGAAGGUGACGGAAGAGGAGGAGGAGGAGGAGGAGGUGGUGGUGAGGAGCACACUGCAUGUCAGUGUGAGGCCAGAGGACGCCCACACGCCCGUCGUGUGCCAGGCCUCCAACACACACCUCACGCCCCCGCUCAGGACGCCACUCCACCUACUGGUACUCUCAUCACCCUCGUGGGUGAGGGUGGUGGGAGCAGACAAAGCUAUGUCUGCUGGUGUCAGCUACACGGUGGAGUGUCGCAGUGUUGGUGCCAGGCCUCCACCUGUCCUCAGUUGGUCUGUGGGAGAUCACCAACACAUACACGCCUCAUCUACGACCAAUGCUGCGGGGGAGACAGUAAGCCGCCUGGUGUACAAACCUGAGGCCGCCCAUGCUGGUUCCCACAUCACAUGCACCGCACGCCCACCUGAUCACGCCCGCCACGCCCUCUCUUCACAACCCACUCCCACCAUGUGGGUCAAGAGUGACUCUGUGCCUCUCAACAUAAUGUACAAACCCGAGGUACAACUGGAUGCACAGCGAGUCAGAGCUUCUCCUGGUGCAAGUAAUACCACCACCACCAAGCUAUCACCACCCCCUCCCUUCUCCCCUUCCCUUCACAACAACAACAACAACAACAACCUCCUGCCCGCCCAGGUCCACACCUCUAAGGUCGCCGUCGUCAAGAAGCGCAACGACGGCACCAAGACCCGGGGUGAUGGGGGCGACAAAGUAAAGGCUGGGAAGGUGGACGACGAUGUCAGUCUGAUGGAAGGGGAGGGUGCCGUGCUACAGUGCCAUGUGAGGGCCAACCCGCCCGCAUACCACGUCAGUUGGAGCAGAGAUGGGUCACCACUCUCGCCCGGGGUGGGUGGUGGGCUGGUGGUGGGCAACAUGAGCGUGGUGCUGCCCACCCUGGCAAGGAAGGACGCUGCCACCUACACCUGCACGGCCCACAACGCGGAAGGUUCCUCCCGGAGCAACCCCCUCCACCUGCACGUCAUCCACGGUGCUGAGUGUAUGCGUGGCACCGUGCAAGUGUUGGGAGUGCCACGCCAUCAUGCCCUCAACGUCACCUGCCAGGUGACUGCCUACCCCUUGCCCACAGCCUUCUCGUGGGCACUCAAGUCUUCCCGGGGCCUCCUGCAGGUGCCAGAGGAGAUGAUCAACUUCGAGGGCGUCGUCUCCUGGAUUUCGUACACACCGCGGGCCGCUGUGGAUUACGGGGAGCUACUGUGCUGGGCUCACACUGCCCUAGGACGUCAGCGGGAGCCCUGUGUGGCCCGUCUGGUAGCAGCAGACAAACCUGACCCUCCUGAGAGAUGUGCUGUAUCCAGGGCCACACCUCACACCCUCACAGUGUUGUGCACAGCAGCACACGACGGGGGUCUCCCGCAGACCUUCCUCAUGACGGUGUCCCUCUCGGGAAAAGAGGUGACCAACAGCACCAGUGUGACCUCUGAGAUAACAGCUUACGACUUAGAGCCCGACACCCGUUACCGCCUCACCCUCUGGUCAGCCAACACCCACGGCAACAGCAGGAGAACCACUCUGCAUGGUUCUACUGCCCCCUCCAACACCUCCACCAGCAGCAGCAUGAAUGGCCACGCCUCCAACACCACGAAGGGCCCCCUGGCCAUGCUGUGGCCGUCCCUGGUAGCUGUGGUAGUGGUGGUGACGGUGUUGGGGGUGGUGAUGGGUGUAGUGUUGGGGGUUCUCACACAAAGAAUCUCAGUACCACACAGGUUCUCCCAAGAGACGGAAGAUGAGGAGGAGCCACAAGCCCCAAGUCACUCCCGAGUAAACAUGGGUCGCUUAGGCAAGGGAAACCACGUUUUCAUAGAAGAUCUCGGGAGACCACCAGCACGUUAUGAUAUCAUAACAACUGUCCCUUCUAAGGAGGACUCCCAUAUUUAUGACGACCCUAUCGCUCUGAGGAGAGGACGAGCACAAGAAAAACCCGUAGCAGAUAUUAAAGUUGCCCCUGACGUGGAGUAUCCCAGGUUUUCUUUCACGGCCAGUGACUGGAACAGCCAGUCGCAGUCCCUCUCGUGGCACCUGGCAAACUCCCGUCUUCUGCGCAAUAAAAUUGACUUUAGAGUUCCUAGUAAAGAAGUUCCACGGAAACCAGUGAGAGUCGAGCCACCCAAACUUCCAACUUUAAACGUUUGUAAAUCCAUCACCCCUAGAACAAGGGUAAAAACCAUGCCUGCCCUUGAAUUUCGUCUAAUUUUAAUCCCUGAAACUAGCAAAAUGCUUCAAUUUGCCGUAGAAAGAGACACUCGGUUGAUAUCAUAUUUAUCCAAAGAUACAAGCAUAUCCAGCUCUACUUCCAAGUUCCCGACUAUAACUGAGGAAGAAGAAUCUAAACCUCUGAAUAUCAGAGAAGAUUCACAUGCACACAGCAAUUAUUCGUCUACUUCAGUUUCUCCUUAUGAAUCGAUACCGGUUCACAGGAGAUCAAGCAUAGAAAAUGACAGUCAGAGGAUGAUUCCGACGUUGAAGCCCAUCCAGGAAGAUCCGGUUGAGUCCACGUCUGUAAUUCACCAACAAGACACCACUCAGGGUUCUUGUACGAACACUGACGGAGUCGGGAAUGCAAGACAUUUAUCUACAAAUGACCUGCUUGUGAAAACCCAACAAACAACAACAGACGUUGAAAUCAGCGACUACGACAACUUGGAAAUCCGCAAAAUGACGGGGAGAGGAACACCCAUGAACAACACAAUUAGUGUCAGUAGUACACCAGCCGACCCAUACAAGACAACAACAAUACAUAGAAAUGAAGACCACAGGAAGCCAAGCAAUCCCCGACCUCGACCGUACAGUAUUCCCAACAACAAAUCUCGCAAGAUGGUGAGGAUAGCAGUAGAAGAUGCUGAGGUGAUUAAGGGCUGCCCUCUCCUUCCUGAGCCGCGAGUUGGGAGAGCUGGCGGGAGCCGCUGGGUUCCCUCCAUACCCCUUGCGGGUAAAUUAAGCAGACAGCACCCUUACAUACCACCCCUGGCUGGCAUCAGAAGAGGCUUCAAGACUUCACCACCACCCUCCUUGAGGCGCUUGAUCGAGCCUCUGAUCCCGCAGGGAGAUACCAGCAGCAGCCCACACCCGCCCACACCAUCAGCUCAACUGACUUCAAGCACACCAUCAGCUCAGCUGACUUCAAGCACACCAUCAGGUCCAUGGGCACUUCGCAGGCCCAGACGUGCCAUCACCUCUCUCUUCAGCCUCUCUUCUUCCUCCUCGUCAUCUUCCUCUUCCUCGUCCUCUUGUUUCAGAAGAUGGGGAAAGAAGUCGAGAGAAGACACGCCAUCACCAUACACCGAAUACAGGAGACAUAGCAACUCCUUCAAAGGGUCGCCACAGAGGUCGUCCUUCGUGAGUAUGAUAUCACGACCUCGCAGCGUACACUUGUCUGCAGGCCCCAAGCACGCAUCACAAUACUGUCCGGACAGCGACUGGUUCUCCUCCAACUGCUCCUCCCCGAGGUCGUCUUCAUCGUCUUCUUCGUCGUGUAUGCCACAUUCCUCGUCUUCCUCGUCGCCUGUGUCGUCGUUCUACUCUUCGGAGAACUCUCUCUCCAUCUCCGCCUCCCUAUCUCCCUCAUCGUCAGCUUCUUCUUUCCAGUUCACUUCAUCGUCAUCGUCCACAGUUUCGAGCUCUCCCUUCUCCUCCUUCCUCUCUCCCUCUCUGACGUCUCCCUCUUCGUCCUCCUUCCUGUCUCUUGCCUCUUGCUCCACCUCCCCAGAUUCUGUAUUUUCAGGACAAAUCACCCCAACGUAAAGGGAAGUCAGAAGGUCUUGUUACCCCUUCUAGAAAUAUUAUUUUUCGCACAUGCAGUUUAAAUCAGUCUGCUAACUCUUGAAUGAACACUGGGCGAUAAGGGUACAAUUUUAGGUGUUUUUUUAUGAGUUUUGCACUGGAUUAAAGUUACAGAUCAAGAGUUAUACAGAUGUUUUGCUCUAGGAAAUCUCUAACAGAGCGAAGUGAAUAUGUACUGCUGGAGGCUCGGACUUCCGACUUCUGACAAAGGAGUGAUUGUCUCGACCCGGCUAUGACUGUCAUAACUUAGUGGUGAGAGUCACGGUUUCCAUCACAGGUCCAGUGAGCAAAUAUCCGUCAGGAAAAGAAUAAAUCUAACAGAGAAAAACGUUCUCCCAAUAAAAGGGUGUUUUGCAAAAAGUGUCCCUUUCCUUUUACACUACAGAACGUGGCAAUCCUCAGAUAGUACACAGUCGAGUUACACAGUGAAACUGAUGGUGUAACCUGUCACAACGCUCCUGGGUAUGUUCACCUGACUUGGAGAGAGGAUGGUUAGAAGAAAUAACAGCUACAAAUAGGGUAACAUAUGUUUGUCCUUCUAGCAAAGCAGGACUUUACUGCAAAACGUUUCGCUCCAAUCAUACUGACCCGUGAAACAGAGUCUUUGUAGAACAAGCUCUUCUUGGGACAACGUUUUAUCACUGCUUUAUCCAGUAUUUAUUAUCUUCAAUAUCGUUAGACUGAAUUAACAAGGUACAACUUUAAACAAAACAUCGUUAAAUAAAAGUAUACAUCCUAUUAUAACUGGUAUAUAAGUUGAAGAGUAAGAUACAAGUGUAAUACUUGGGUAUCUUAACUGUUGAAACACUUCGCUUGUGCACCAGGCUUCUUCAGUUGGAUACAGGCGAUUAAAAACACUGGAGACAGCAGAAGUGAAGCGGGAAUUGUGAGAUCAGUCCCUCAGCAUCUUUGUAAUAUCCUGAACCAACACCUAAGUCAAGAGUCCACACAUUUCUACCGAGGUGACAAAAUAUUGCGUCCACUCUGUAGUGUGUUAUGCUAAUGAACUGUAUCACUAUC